GCGUGCGCGGCGCAUGCCGGGAGUGGUUGUGUGCCGCUGGCAUCUGCAGGUGAAGCCAAGCAGGGGACGGCGAGAUAAUAUUGCUUAUGGUCUACAUGGAUUUUCAGUUGCAGUCAUCUCCUGGGUAGUGUUUGAAGCACCUAGCUUUUGGCAAAGAAAGAAAUGAGCGCAAAAAGAAAAAGCUACUCCGUGGAGUAUAAGAAAGGAAUCGUGGAAGACUCUUGGGGCCAAAAUCUUACUGCUUUCUGUAAAGAGAAGAUGUUGAGUAUCCGAUCGGUCCGAAAAUGGCGAGCAGAGUAUGGUAACCUCAUUGAACAAGUGGACAAGGGAAAUGCUAAAAAGCGCAAGUGUGGAUCAGGUUGGCAACCAUUAUUUUCAGAGCUGGAAGACCUGAUCUGUGAAUGGGUUGUUGACAGAAGAGCAAAGGCUUUGGUUGUGAAUAGGGCUCAGAUUCAUUGCCCUUGCAAUGGCAGCACAGUUUGACAUAGCCCCUGAAGACUUCAAAGCAUCACAACACUGGCUGGAUAAUUUCCUUCAGCGAAGUGAACUGUCUUUAAGAAGAUCCACAACAUUGUUUAGGCUGGAAGAUACUCAAGUUACUACCGUACCGUAUACAGGACUGGAAAUUAUUGAAAUGAGCAGUCGUAAAACAAAGAGUAACAACUUAAUUCAUGCGGACUGCCUUUCACAGGUACAGAGAAUUUUACGUGAAAGAUUCUGUCAUCAGAGUCCACAUAAUAACCUAUAUGGAGUACAAGUACAAUACAAACACUUAAUUGAGCUGCUAAAAAGAACUGCUGUCAAUGGAGAAAGUAACUCUGUACUCAUUAUUGGACCCCGAGGAUCAGGAAAGACUGUGUUAAUAAAUCAUGCUUUGAAAGAACUCAUGGAAAUAGAAGACGUGAGUGAAAACAUACUACGUGUUCAUCUAAAUGGCCUGCUGCAGAUCAAUGAUAAAAUUGCCCUAAAGGAAAUCACAAGGCAGUUAAAUCUGGAAAAUGUAGUUGGAGAUAAAGUUUUUGGAAGCUUUGCUGAAAACCUUUCAUUUCUUCUGGAAGCCUUAAAAAAAGGUGAUCGGACGAGCAGUUGCCCAGUGAUCUUCGUAUUGGAUGAGUUUGAUCUUUUUGCUCAUCAUAAAAACCAAACACUUCUCUACAAUCUUUUUGACAUUUCUCAGUCUGCACAAACCCCGGUAGCAAUUGUUGGACUUACAUGUAGAUUGGAUAUUUUGGAACUCUUAGAAAAAAGAGUGAAGUCACGAUUUUCUCACCGGCAAAUCCACUUAAUGAAUUCAUUUGGUUUUCCACAGUAUGUUAAAAUAUUUAAAGAACAAUUAUCUCUACCUGCAGAAUUUCCAGAAAAGCUUUUUGCCGAGAAAUGGAAUGAGAUCGUUCAGUGUCUUUCAGAAGAUAGAAGUGUGCGAGAAGUACUGCAGAAGCAUUUCAGUGUCAGCAAAAACCUGCGGUCACUACAUGUGCUAUUGAUGUUUGCUUUAAAUCGAGUGACAGCAUCGCACCCAUUUAUAAGUGCUACAGAUCUAAUGGAGGCAAACCAGCUCUGUAGCAUGGACUCAAAAGCAAAUAUUGUACAUGGUCUCUCAGUCUUGGAAAUCUGUCUUAUAAUAGCAAUGAAACAUUUAAAUGACAUAUACGAAGAGGAGCCAUUUAAUUUUCAGAUGGUCUAUAAUGAGUUUCAGAAAUUUGUUCAACGGAAAGCCCAUUCUGUUUACAAUUUUGAAAAACCUGUCGUCAUGAAGGCUUUUGAACAUUUACAACAAUUAGAGUUAAUAAAGCCCAUGGAAAGAACUUCAGGAAAUUCACAGAGAGAAUACCAGCUGAUGAAGCUACUUUUGGAUAAUACCCAAAUUAUGAAUGCUCUGCAGAAAUACCCUAACUGUCCUACAGAUGUUAGGCAGUGGGCAACAUCCUCACUAAGCUGGUUCUGAGUAUAACCGGUGACUUCAAUUUUGGCAUUUCAGGCAUACUUCUAGAGCUAAAAACUAUUAUCCUUUAACUAGAUGUAUUAGUACAUUUUCUAAUAUUUAUAAACAUUUUUUGUAUUUGUGGGAGAUUCACACAUGUACUAUCUUGGCUGUGUCUUGCCUUUGAAUCUUCCAGUUACACAUAAUUCAUAUAUUGAUUUGGGUUAUGUUGUGAGUAGCAGUUCAAAACAAUAAAACCUAACUGUUUUAGGG